UUAAAUCUUCAAUCUCUGGUACAGCAGAGAUCAUAAGUUGUUAGUUAGUGGAGCGUGGGGGAAAAUAUUAAAACAUACACCUGGGAUACUCCGUAUUUCAGAACAGUUUACAAGUCAGUUACUCGUAGCUAUUUAUUACAAAUAAUUCUGUCUACAUAGAUAGGUCGUUCAUAAGCACUUAAUAUUGUUUACCAAAGAAAUGGUGAUGGAGAAGCCAAGUCCCCUGCUUGUAGGGCGGGAGUUUGUGAGGCAGUAUUACACACUCUUAAACAAGGCACCGGAUUUCCUGCACAGGUUUUAUGGGAGGAAUUCUUCCUACGUUCAUGGCGGACUUGACCCAAGUGGGAAGCUGGCAGAAGCGGUGUAUGGGCAAGCGGAAAUCCACAAGAAGGUUAUGUCCCUGCAGUUUAGUGAAUGCCACACAAAGAUCAGGCAUGUGGAUGCCCAUGCCACACUGAGUGAUGGAGUGGUGGUGCAAGUCCUCGGAGAACUGUCCAACAAUGGUCAACCCAUGAGGAAAUUCAUGCAGACUUUUGUGCUUGCUCCUGAGGGUUCAGUGGCAAACAAGUUCUACGUCCACAAUGACAUCUUCCGUUACGAGGAUGAGGUUUUUGGAGACUCUGAAGCUGAGCUUGAUGAGGAAUCAGAGGAGGAAGUUGAAGAGGAGCCCGAGGAGAGGCAGGCGUCCCCUGAGCCUCUUCAAGAAAGCCCCAACAGCACCACCUAUUACGAACCUCAUCCUGUCACUAAUGGAGUGGAGGAGCCCAUGGAGGAGCCAGCUCCAGAGCCUGAGCCAGAGCCUGAGCCAGAGCCCAAAGCAGAGGAGAUAAAGCCUGAAGCAGACGAGAAGGUUCUGGAAGAGAUGGAGGAAAAAGCGCCUUCACCGGUCCCUGUGGAGUCCCCACCCAACACCCAGGAGCCUCCCAAGACUUCCUCGUGGGCCUCUGUGACCAGUAAAAACCUGCCUCCUACUGGCACAGUCACCACCUCUGGAAUCUCACCCCAUGUUGUUAAAGCUCCAAGCUCACAGCCCAGAGUUGAAGCCAAGCCGGAGACACAGACAGCACCUCUUCGGCCCAGAGACCAGCGCACACGUGACAGACCAUCCUUCACUCCGCGGGGUCCCAGACCUGAUGGUGUUGCAUCUUCGGAGUCACAAACGGGAAAACCACACUUGAGUUUUGUUAACAAAGGUGGCAGGGGAGAUGCUGAAUCUGGUGACAUGGACAGCAGGCGGAUUGUCCGGUACCCAGACAGCCACCAACUUUUUGUUGGCAACCUCCCACAUGACAUUGAUGAGAGCGAGCUUAAAGAGUUCUUCAUGACAUAUGGAAAUGUUGUGGAGCUGCGGAUUAACACGAAGGGCGUUGGUGGGAAGCUGCCCAACUUUGGAUUUGUGGUCUUUGACGACUCUGAUCCUGUGCAAAGAAUCCUGGGGGCCAAGGUAGAAGGGCCCAUCAUGUUUCGAGGCGAGGUGCGUCUGAAUGUGGAGGAGAAGAAGACGAGGGCGGUGCGUGAACGCGAGACCCGUGGUGGAGGAGACGAGCGUCGGGAUAUGAGGCGCAACGACCGGGGCCCCGGAGGUUCGCGAGGCAUCGUGGGAAGCGGAAUGAUGCGUGAACGUGACGGGAGGGGACCACCACCUCGAGGCGGCAUGGCCCCCAAACCUGGCAUGGGCUCCGGACGAGGCUCUGGCGGCCAAGGAGAGGGUCGCUUCACAACCCAGCGCCGCUGAGAAGAGCACCACCUGCAGUGUGGAAGUAGUACCGUGUUCUUCAUCUUCAACCGUUCUCGUUAACGAAAAGAAAUCUUCAUGUAUAAACGUAUAUAUUUGUUUUUUGUUUUAUUUUUUUAUUUUUUUGUUCCCUCUUUGCUUUGGAAUGUGACACAGCCUGUCAACCAUUUGUUUGUGAAAUAGACAAAACAAAAUAAGCAAACAAAAAAUUUCGCUUAUUAGUUGUGAGCUGAGCAUCCUUUUCGGGUAUCUCAAGAAUUCACAAACUUUAAUUUGUAAAUUCGUGGAAAAAGGCAAACCAACCAGGAGUAAUCUGCCACAUUAGGAGGGACUGAUAAGACUUUUAACUACGACAAUACAGCCCAUCAUUUGGAAAAGAGAUUAUAUGCCUUGACUUAACUGGGGCGCUGCUUCACGAAAUCCCUCUAUUGCACAUUUUAUAUGGUAGUUUUCUGCCCGUUACUGUUGGAAAAGAGUGAGAUGCAAAAUUUGUGCAGUUCCAGGGGAAAAGCUUGCCUUUUACUUUUUUCCUUUUGAGAGACCACUGCUUCAAAAUUGCAUAAUGCACUCAUCAAUAUGCACUAAUGGGUACUUUUGUCGUAUUACAUUGACAUCCAUGCUCGGAACGCAGCUGGAGAGACCUGUUUUGUCUCAAAGCGAUACGACUUACCGGGGCAGGCCUCGCUUACAGCCUGUCUGCUGUGACCAAUGUACUUUUCACACUUUUGACCCAAAACUACGCUUCAAUUACUGCUGGAUGGACAAGAUGACAAGCAAAUCUACAUUAUAUUUUUCCUCAUUUAUAAAUCAAAUAUAAAAAAUAAAAAAAGCUCAAAUCCUGGACUUUCACCAAAUGAGUGGGGGUACAAAGGAUAAACAAGAAACAAAGUUGAACAAUAGAAGAGUGGUGGUAACGAUGGCUGCUCGCUCUGUUUUUCUUUUGAUCCCAAUUUGUUUUUUCUUCAUGUUUUUCCCUGCCAGCUAGACCGCGAAAACUGGGAUGGACGACACCUCCCUCCCUCUUCCCUCCCUCUUCCCUCCCUUCCUGUCUUAAGUGCGGAGUAACAGAAUAAAUGUACAGCAAAAAUCAUAGUUUACUGUAUGUUUUGUUUUCUGUGUAUAUUUUUCAUUUCUCUCUCGACUUGAUAAGAGCAUGAUGGUGCCUUCUAUUUCACCUUUUCCAGUCUUACUAAAGCGUAAAGCGGUUCGGGGCUUGCUGCCUCCUAAUGCGGAGCUGCUGAUUUUGAACUAUUGUCCACUGGGAGCAGAUACAAAAAAAAAAUUGCAGUAUUCACAAGAUUUAAGUUUUUCAGGUGCAUAUUUCAUUUUUCCAUACUGUUUUACUACCUAAGAUGAUCUGUUGUGAGUUUUGUACAUUUGUUUUGUAUUGUGUCUGAUCUGGGUUUUGUAGAGACAAUAGGUGCCUCAAGUUCAGUUUGAUGUUAAAUGGUUAAGACGUGCAUCUGAAGAACUACUCCCAUAAAGAAAAAAAGGUACAUUAAAGAUGGUGACAGUGCAAUGCUUGGUCCUUGGUUAACAUGUCAAAGCUCUACACAACCAUGAUUUCAGUGAACAAAGGUUUGCAGUUUGGAAAGAGUCUCAAUGUGAUUCAGAUACUGUUGAUUCUUACUUUCAGUCUGACCUUAGUUUUUUGCGACUCACGGCAGCACUCAGGUUAAUCCCUGGACUCAAAAGUUGUCAGACUGUUCUUUUCUCAGCAACAAUUUUGUAAUGAUCUGUGUGGGUGGGCUGGCCAUAGUUCCAGCCCACAGACUAGCAAAUAAUUGUGCUCACUUUUUCUAGCUGUUUUAUGCAUUUGUAUUUUCAUAUGCUGAUUAUUCAUUGUGCUUAUUUUAUCCAUUUAUUUUUCCAUUCGAAGCGAGUCGAAUCUGAAUGCCAUACUAGUCGUCUCCUCCUUGUCCUCGUCGUUUUUUCUUUUUACCACUCGGUAGGGAGGGAAGACCUUUUUUGGUUUCAGCUGGAAAGGAAAACAUGACAAACAUGAGAUGUUAUCUUUUUUAUUUUUAUUUUUUAUUUUUGUUAUCUUGCACUGAAAUGGGAAGUGAAAUCGAUGUAGCAUUUUUCUGGACAAAUAUACUAAUGAGGUCUUCCUUGUCUGGUGGUAUUGCACUAUUCCCAACGUUUCUGGGACAAUCUGUCAGUUUGAACACAGCCUCUCUCCAAAUUUCUCAUCUUGCGAUGAAAAAAGGCAAAUAUUAGUGCUCAUCUUGUUAUCGGCAUGAAAUAGUAUUCGCUCUGUUGCAGUUAAAACAAAAAUUGAUGUACAGACAUGGCAUAUUUUAUGUAGUUUUCCACAGUGAUGCUCGACUACUCUCCUUGUGGUUGAGAUGAAAUAUUUUCAGAUGUGAGAAUAGUUUUCAAUAGAGAGACUCUUAAUUUGUUACCAUCAGUCUUUGACCGAAUAUUACAGGAAAAAAAAGAAAUUACAGCUUUUUUGGUCUUUGAGUGUUUUUAACAGACAGCCCUUAUGGGUGCCUCUACCCCACGUGUUUAUUUGUCAGGUAAUUGCUUAACAUGGGCACUUGACUGCAAUUAUACUUUUUACAGCAACGGUCAAUGAAGAGAGUGGUGAAGAAGAGCCAUCAUGCUUUCAGACCAAUCUGUGCUUUUACAUUUGUAGUGGUGGUAAAAUGUUGGAGCAUAUAAAUUUAGGGUUGGAUAGUUCUUUUUCACUGAGGUUUUCAAUGACCCACCCUUUUCCAAACUUUAAAGGAUCCUUGUAAGAAAAAGAGAAAAAAACCCUGUCAUUUUAUUUUCCUGUGGUUGAAAAUGCAGUAGAGUGGAUCCUCAUUGUGAAUCAUUCCAAUCCUUUUUGAAUGGGAAUAGAAGUACCUUCUUGGCUUUAGCAGGUGUGGUAAACAGUUGGCUGCCAUCUUAAUUUUUUUACUGUGUUUACCCUUUACUUGUUGCUAGUACAAAAGUGUUGCAGGUGGAGAAUAUUUUUUUUUUUUUUCCUUUCUAUUUUGAAUGUGUUGGACUUAACAUACAAUAAACUACUGAUAUCAGCACCA